AUGAGGUGAUUUAGAGCAGGUUGUCGUGUGGCAUGGUUCCCCAUCCGGAAAACUCUAUCCCAGGGUGGAUCAUAUUUGACAGGAAGGCAGGCCAUACCCUCGAGGAAUCAGACUUUUCACAGUACAAUCUUUAGAGCGAAUGCAAACACUGCACCCGUCCCUCCUCCUGUGCCUCUCUCCGGACUAACUCAUAAUUUCUUAGAAGGCACGAGUAGGGUGUACAUAGAAGAGCUUCAAAAGGCCCGGGAAUCUGACCUGGAUAGCGUGAAUGAGUCAUGGGACAAUUUCUUUAGGAAUUUUGCAGGACAGACAGCAACAUCAAAUGGAGUUACAGGCCAAACAAUACAGGAGAGUAUGCGUUUGCUCUUGUUGAUUAAAGCUUACCAGGUUAAUGGCAUGAAAACCAAGUUAGAUCCAUUGGGUUUGGAAGAAAGGGAAAUCCCUGAUAAUUUGGACCCUGCUUUUCAUGGGUUUACUGAAACUGAUCUACAGGGAUUCUUUAUAGGAAUGUGGAACAUUCCUGGUUUUUUAGCUGACAAUCGUCCAGUAAUGACCCUGCCGUCCAUAUUAACUAGACUCGAGCAGGCCUACUGUGGGAGCAUCGGUUAUGAUUAUAUGCGAAUCAAUGAUAAAGAAAAACGCAACUGGUUAAGGGAAAAUGAAACAUCAACACCAAUGACAUUCAAAAGGGAGCGGCGUGAGGUUUUCCUUGAUAGGCUGACGUGGAGUGCACAAUUUUAGAAUUUCCUGGCCACUAAAAUGAAAGCAGCUAAAUGAUUUGGGCUCAAAGGUGGGGAGGCUCUAAUCCCUGGGAUGAAUGAGAUGUUCAAUAGGGCCUCAGAUCUUAGAGCUGAGAAUAUAGUUGGUGGAAUGCCUCACAGAGGAAGGUUGAAUGUCUUAGGUAAUGUUUUCAGGAAACCACCUGCCCAGAUAUUCAUUGAGUUUGACAAAAAUGCGAAGCCUGUCGAUGGGAUUGGGCUUUACACAGGUACUAGUGACUUUAAAUAUCAUUUGGGAACUCAUUUAUCUUUGCUCGCAAAUCCAAGCCACUUGGAAGCUGUUGACCCCGUUGUCCUUGUAAAAACCAGAGCAGAGCAGUAUUACACUAUAGAUGUUAACAGCACUAAGAAUAUGGCUGUCGUGAUUCAUGGGGAUGGCAGCUUUGCCGGGCAAGUUGUAGUAUAUGAAACUCUACAUCUUAGCGCACUUCCUAACUACACUACCGGUGGGACCAUACACGUAGUAGUGAAUAAUCAAGUAGCCUUCACUACGGAUCCAAAGUAUGGUAGAUCUUCACAGCAUUGCACUGAUGCUGCCAAGGCCUUCAAUGCACCCAUUUCUCACGUAAAUGGAGACGAUAUGGAGGCGGUUGUUAUGGUCUGUAACCUUGCAGCAGAGUGGCGCCAGGCAUUCCAUUCUGAUGUGGUGGUUGAUAUAGUAUGUUAUCGUCGAUUUGGGCAUAAUGAGAUUGAUGAGCCACUUUUCACACAGCCUCAAAUGUAUAAGGUCAUUCAGAAACAUCCCACGUCUCUCGAUGCAUACCAAAACAAACUUUUAUAAUCUGGAGAUGUCACUCAAGAAGACAUUCAUAACACACACAGAAAGGUGAAUUUAGUACUCAACGAAGAAUUCUUGAACAGAAAAGAUUAUAUUCCUCACCGAAGAGACUGGCUAUCAUCUCAUUGGUCUAGUUUCAAGUCGCCUGAACAGCUUUCACGUAUCCAAAACACAGGGGUCGAACCAGAGUUAUUGAAGAGAGUGGGCAAAGCAAUCACAGUCCUUCCAGAUAAUUUCAAGUCUUACAACCAAGUGAAAAAGGUUUAUGAUGAUCGAGCACGGAUGAUUGAGACAGGGGAAGGCAUUGACUGGGCACUUGCAGAAGCACUUGCUUAUGGAGCAUUGCUAGUAGAAGGUAGCAAUAUUUGACUCGGUGUUCAGGAUGUUGAAAGAGGUACAUACAGUCAUCGGCAUGCUAUGGUUCAUGAUCAGGAGACGGGGAGGGAGUAUUGCCCCCUGGACCAUAUUAUGAAGGGACAAAACGAGGAGAUGUUUACUGUGAGCAACAGCAUCUCUCUUUCAGAGUAUGGUGUUCUUGGAUUUGUUGAAUUCGGUGACUUUUCUAAUGGUGCUCAAGUGAUAUUUGAUCAGUUCUUGAGUGCUGAUGAGGCAAAAUGGCUGCGUCAAAAUGGGUUUUUUCUUCUACUUCCUCAUGGUUAUGAUGGCCAGGGUCCUGAACAUUCAAGUGCGCGAUUGGAGCGUUUCCUUGAGAUGAGUGAUAUCAACCCUUAUGUUGUGCCUGAGAUGGAACCAACUCUAAAAAAAGUAAUACAAGAAAGCAAUUGGCAGGUCGUGAAUGUCACCAAGCCAGCCAACUACUUCCAUGCUUUGCGACGCCAGAUACACAGGGGUUUCCGUAAGCCUCUGGUAGUCAUGUCACCAAAAAGCCUUCUUCGACACAAGUUGUGCAAAUCAAAUCUUUCUGAUUUUGAUGGUGUUGAAGGCCAUCCAGGUUUUGGUAAGCAAGGCACCAAAUUCAAGCAACUUAUAAAGGACCGGAAUGGCCACUCUGAUCUAGAGGAAGGCAUCAGACGAUUAGUUCUUUGCUCUGGAAAGGUUUAUUAUGAGCUUGAUGAAGAGCGGGAAAGGGUCGAUGACAAAGACAUUGCAAUUUGUAGGUUGGAACAACUAUGCCCCUUCCCAUAUGACAUCGUCCAACGAGGACUGAGGCGUUAUCCAAAUUUACCCCACAGGAAUUUCCAGGAAGAGCCAAUGAACACCGGUGCUUACAGUUACAUUGCACCCCGUCUUUGCACAACUAUGAAAGCGAUGGGCAGAUGAUCCUGGGAGGAUAUCAAAUACGUUAGCAGGGGUCCAUUCACAGUUUCCUUGGACUGCAUACUUGAUUAA